AUGGGAACAAACUCGCCAUUCAAGCGGCAUGAGUCCCUAUGGCUUGAAGACGGGAAUGUCAUUCUUCAAGCCGAAGACACCCAAUUUCGCGUUCAUCGGUCCAUGCUAGCUCGCCAUUCGACCAUAUUCAAGGACAUCUUCUCGAUUCCGCAGCAAGACCAGAUCAUGGACCCGAUUGUCGAUGGCUGUCCUGUUGUCAGCCUUUCAGACAGCGCCGAGGAUCUGGAGCAUAUCCUCUUAAUUUUUUACGAUAACCAUCGAUUCUUGGAUCUUCGCGAGAAGCUUUCUGUCGGUGCGAUUGCCGCCAUGUUGCGCAUGGGAAAGAAGUACGACAUUGCAUACGUUCAGGACGAAGCUUUGAGGCGGCUACGUCGCGAAUUUCCGACGACUAUCAUGUCUAGAUGGCAGCUUAACACGAUUUUCAAUGUAAUUGACUAUGGACCCGACGCCUCGAAGGCAGUAUCAGCAAUCAUCGCUCUAGCACGCGAGCAUGGCGUACCUUCAAUUCUACCAGCUGCUUUCCUGCACUACAUCGAGACCACUAUGUUGGAAGAGAUUCUUGAUACAGACGACAGUGAACUCCCUCGAGAUGCGCGUCGUCAAUGCAUCUUGGGGAGAGACAAAUUCAUUCAUACGGCUCACUCAAAGAUACUUUCUUGGCUACAUCUUCCGACUUUCAUGCCCGCGCACUCGUGUGCACAGCCGACUACGUGCCACACGCAGAGGGAUGCAGUGUUCAAAGACCUCUGCAACACAUUGUGCAUCGGAAAUGCGGGCAAGCUUCAAUGGGAGUUAGUCCUCCACCUGGCCAGAUCCAUCGCCGACAGCCUUGGGGAAAGGAGAUCUCUCUGCACGGCAUGCACCCUCAGCAUUAGUUCGUGCAUCGAAACCUCUUUCAAUGAAUUAUGGCUCGAUCUUCCAAAUUUCUUUCGUCUUCCGGGGUGGGAUCAGCUCAAGGAUUUUGAUAGCUUAGGCUAA